AUGGGUAAUCCAAUCUGGCCAAUAAUCGUGGCCUCUCUUGCCGCAGUAGGCAGAUCAGCAUUCCAGAUCCCCCUCACAGAAGAGCCCCUCCGCGAUUCAUCAGACCCCUCAGUCCGAACCCUCACCCACGUCUCUCAUCCAGACCACAGCCUCACCAUCAAACCCCACAAUGCCAUCUCCUCCAGCUCCAACAGCAAGACCCCCUCCCUCUCAGACCUCUGCCCCGGCGCAACAUCCGGCUACACAGGCUACCUAAACUCGGGCUCAAAACACUUCUACUUUGCCUACUUCGAAUCCCGCGCCAGCCCCAAGGACGACCCGCUCGUAUUAUGGCUGAACGGCGGGCCUGGCUGCUCCUCCAUGUCGGGCCUCUUCAUGGAACUCGGUCCCUGCACUGUUAACGACUCCGGAGACUCGGCGCGCGAAAACCCAAACUCGUGGACCAAUGCCGCCAGCGUCUUCUUCCUCGAUCAACCUAUCGGUGUCGGCUUCUCCUAUAGCACCAACACGUCCGACGUGCACGGCGGCACAUUCGCCGCGAGCGAGGACAUCUACGCCUUCAUGCGCCUCUGGUACCAAGCUUUCCCCGAAUCGAAAUCUUUGCCAUUCAGUAUAGCGGGCGAGAGUUACGGCGGUCACUAUAUCCCCGUUUUCGCAUCCAAUAUCAAAGCCAUGAAUUCCAUUUCCCCACCUGAAGACCAAAUCCCACUGGAAUCAGUCUUGAUUGGCAACGGCAUAUUCAGCGACGUCAAGCAAGCAAGUUCAUACUACGACAUCCCCUGCACAAAUGUCACGGGCAUCGGCCCCCUGCUUGACGAUGGCAUGUGCGAGAAGAUGGCUGCUGCAGUUCCGAGGUGCGAGUUAUUAAUGGAAGCAUGUCACGCGUAUCCGGACCCCCUGAUCUGCGGAGCUAGUACUGAUUUCUGUGGCGAGGAGCUGGAGAUGCCAUAUGUGCGCACUGGGCGUAAUUACUACGAUAUAAGUACACCAUGUGAUGGGUACUUGUGCUACCCGAUCAUGCUAGCCAUCACGAAAUUCUUGCGCACUGAUGCAGUGAGGACUGCGUUUGGGGUUGAUGAGAAAGCGCCCAAGUUUGUGGAGUGUAGUGAUAAGGUUGGAAGGGAGUUUCAGAAGGUAAAUGAUUUCUUGAUUGAUACAAGAUCAUAUGUGGCGGACUUGCUGCACUCUGACGUUCGAGUGAUGAUAUAUGUUGGGACAUAUGACUGGAUAUGUAACUUUGUGGGGAAUGAACGGGUUUUUGGAUCGUUGGAGUGGAAGGGUCUACCUGAUUUUAGGUAUCAGCAGGAGAAUAACAAACAGACAUGGAGUGGUGGAUUAUGGUGGGAGAGUGGGCCGCUUAGGUAUGCGAGGAUCAAUGGUGCUGGUCAUAUGGUGCCUUGGGAUAAGCCAGUUGAAGCAUUAAAGAUGUUCACGGCUUGGUUGGAUAAGAAGGCUUUGGAUUAG